CUUUUAAAAUUAUAUUAAAAAUACAAAAAUCAUACCGACAAAACGUUUCCGACCACCCUCAACCAUUCAGCUCAGCCCACCUCUGAAACCCGCAACCGGUUAGUCUUUUUCUUCAAAUGACUAUGUAAGGUUCCGACGAGUGGUACAUAGAGAUGAGGAAAGGACUCAGUAUAUGAAAGUUUUGAUCUACAAAAUGGGGUUCACCACUACAAAAUUUGGUAGGGCAUCACUUGAAUUUGCAUCAAACCCAUUGAUCUUCUCAGCUUUAGUUGCAAUCCCAUGUAUCCUCUUAAUCCAAAUACUGCUUACAAACUCAAGAAAGACGAAGGCGAGGUACCAUCCGAUUGGCGGCACUGUCUUCCAUCACCUCCUCAACUUCAAUACACUUCACCAUUACAUGACUCGUCUCGCUCGAAAGUACAAGACUUACAGGAUUCUCAGCCCUUUCAGAAAUGAAAUUUACACUUCUGAUCCCAUCAAUGUUGAGUAUAUACUCAAAACCAACUUCCUAAAUUAUGGCAAGGGGGAGCAUAAUUACAACAAUUUAAGGGACUUGCUAGGUGAUGGAAUUUUCACGGUUGAUGGCGAUAAGUGGCGUGAACAGAGAAAGCUUUCGAGCUACGAGUUCUCUACAAGAGUUUUGAGGGACUUCAGUAGUGUUGUCUUCAGAAAGAAUGUGGUCAAACUUGCUCAUAUAUUGUCUGAAGCUGCAAAAUCCAACCGGGCGUUCGAUAUACAGGACCUGUUUAUGAAAUCUACUUUGGAUUCGAUAUUCAAAGUUGCAUUUGGAGCUGAGCUAGACACCAUGUGUGGAUCAAAUGAAGAAGGAGUUGCUUUUAGCAAUGCUUUUGAUAAUGCGAGUGCGAUGACUCUUUGGCGAUAUGUUGAUUUCUCCUGGAAGCUCAAAAGAUUUCUGAAUAUUGGAUCUGAAGCUCAGUUAAAGAAAAAUAUCAAAGUGGUUGAUGAUUUUGUGUAUAAAUUAAUUGAUAAUAAAAUUAAGCGAAUGCACAACUUCAAAAGUGAUCUCUCUAUGCCGGCAAAACAAGAUGAUAUUUUAUCAAGGUUUCUGCAAGUGAAUGCAUCUGAUACAACAUAUCUACGAGAUAUUAUACUCAACUUCGUAAUUGCUGGAAAAGACACCACAGCAGCCACCCUAUCUUGGUUCAUAUAUGUGCUCUGCCAACAUCCUGAUGUACAGGAAAAGGUUGCAAAAGAAGUCAGAGAAAUUUCUAAAGUGAAAGAAAUUACGGAUUUUGCGGCAUUUGCAGCUAGCAUUGAUGAGGAAGCUCUUGAAAAGAUGAAUUAUCUCCAUGCAGCUAUAACAGAAACACUCAGAAUCUAUCCAGCAGUGCCAGUGGAUGCAAAGAUUUGCCUAGCUAAUGACACUCUCCCAGAUGGUUAUAGUGUGAAGAAAGGAGAUAUGGUAUCUUACCAACCUUACGCGAUGGGUAGGAUGAAAUUCAUUUGGGGUGAUGAUGCCGAGCUGUAUAAACCAGAGCGAUGGCUGAAUCACGAAGGUGUAUUUCAGCCGGAGAGUCCUUUCAAGUUUACUGCCUUCCAGGCGGGACCACGGAUUUGCCUGGGAAAGGAAUUUGCUUAUAGGCAAAUGAAAAUUUUCUCAGCUGUCUUGUUAGGUUGUUUUAUUUUCAAACUCCGUGACCAAGGUGAAACUGUCAACUACAGAACAAUGAUCAAUCUUCACAUUGCUGGGGGUCUUCAUGUUCAUGCAUUUCCCAGGAAGCAACAAACGUCAGAAGGAGCACCAAAGUAGUUUUCCGGAAGUUCACUCCGACAUUCAACUUAAUCUUUGUAGGGAAAGAGAAAAGAUAAAGAGAAUAAUGGAGGAGAGAAUGAAGAAUAAUAUAUAUGUCUUGUCUAUAAGUAUGUUUACAUAUGAGGUUAUGUGAUUUUUAAGUUGAUGUUGUACUGUUAUGUAUAGGAGAAUACGUCUGCAUAUGUGCAUCUAAGAACACUUAUCUUUAAGGUCGAUAUUUAUUCGUCGGGUUCUUACUCGUUUUGGUA